AUUGCUCAUCUAAGCUGCCAACUAUACGAAAACACGUCCGGACACAGUCUCCGGUCGUCGUGAAUGGCCCGUGGAGUUCAACUGGUGGCGCAUAGGACCGGUCGCUUAUCUCCGAGGCGAGCGCCAGAUAGCGGCGCCCCUUCCACGGCCAUAAAUAGCCCACAGCAGCCAUUAACGGAUUCUCAGUUUAGCGGUCAGUGCAGUGGGAGUUGCAGGUGAUUCCACUCAACCGAGGAGCUACCAUCGAGGAGCCGUCAGCACCAUUCAUUGUGUAAAUACUGGAAUUAAGGAUAAGCUCAGAUCAUGUGCCUGCCAAAGCGAGUGGGUGGCCCGGCCAUCCAGAGCAUUGCCACAGCUAUAGGCAAUAUUCUCUGCUUCAACUUUGGCCUGAUGUUUGGCAUAACUCCCGCCCACAUGACACUCUAUGAGUCUGAAUCGAAAACACCUUUAAAUGUGGCCACGGAUCCGGCGGGUACAGCAUGGCUAACGGGUUACCUCUUCCUAAGCGCCGCCAUUGGAGCUCUGUGUUCGGGAGUUCUGGCCCUGCGAAUCGGCCCUAAAUCCGUGCUGCUCUGCGCUGGUCUCCUCCAAAUCACAGGCUGGUUCUGCAUCCACUUUGGCUACGACAUCAUUCAUAUCUACGCCUCCCGUCUGUUUGCGGGCGUGGCUGCGGGCGCCUCCUUUGUCGUCCUGCCCAUUUUUAUCAACGAAAUUGCGGAAACACGCGAAAAGGCCGCCCGACUGACAUUUACCAUCGAACUGUGGCGCACUCUGGGCAUUCUGGCGGGCUUUGUUCUUGGCUUUUAUGUGCCCUACGACCUGGUCAACAUUGUGGGCUGUGCGGCGUCCUUUGUCUUCACAAUGACCUUCCCCUUUGUCCAGGAGAGUCCGCAUUACUAUCUGCGAAAGAACAAUAUUCCGUGUUUGGAGAAGUCCCUGCGCUGGUAUCGCGGUAUCAGGGACAUUGACGAUCGCGAGAAACCGGAGUACCUCAGCGAACUGGCCGAAUUCAAGGCCGAGCUUCACAGCAAGGAUAAGAAUGUCGGCUCCACGCCCAUGUCGCAGAGCUAUAUAGUGAGGCUGACGUUUGUCAGCUUCCUGCUGACAGUCUGCGCCAAGUUGAGCGGUGUCUUUGUUGAGUUAAAUUACGCCUCGGAUUUCUUGGGACGCACUGGAUACUCCACGGAAACCAAUUAUGUCGUUUUGGCCAGCGCCCAAUGCUUUGGAGCCCUGUUCGCCCGCAUCCUCGGUCCCCAUUUACCGCGCAAGCUCCUCCUGUGCCUCUCCUCGCUGCUCUCUGCCGGAGCUGUUGUAAUGCUGGCAUUUUUCAAAACUUAUGGCAGCUCGUGGCUUCUGGGAAGUUGGACGGAUCGAUACCUUCCCAUUAUCCUUUUGGCUUGCCAGCUCGCCUUCGUUAGCUUUGGCCUUUAUCCAUUGGCCGCUGUGGUUAGCAGCGAAGUGUUGCCAACUAAGCUGCAUGACUUACUGUAUUCCCUGGCAUCUGCCUUCUCCUGGCUGCUGCUCUUUGGCAUGAUAGAGGCUUUCAACGCUGUAAAAGCCACUAUCGCCCCCGGAUUGGUACUGUACCUGUGGGUCUUUGCUGGCGCCUCUAUAUUCGUGGGCUUGAUUUCGCUGCCCCUUCUGCCGGAAACGCGGAACCGACGCCCUUCGGCGGUGCAACGGGAACUGGGCUACGUGGACGAUGGCGGAGUGGCCAAAGGUUCGGCGGUGACCAACGGCCACAUUGCCACGCACAUCUGAAAUGCUCGAGUACUUACAACUUGCAACGACUCCUAGUUUUACGCUUGUAAUUAGUUAAUUAGUUUUACCUCGUCCUAAGGCACUCAUUAGAUAUGCAAUAAAAAAACCUCA